AUGACUGCCUCUGAAGACGAACGAGCUCCGCUUGAUUGGAGUCUGGACUAUGUAAGGUACUUAGAAGCGAAGGAACGGAUCGAUGAUCGAGCCAUUCACUGCGAGCUCUGGGAGCGGUUUACGGGGUUCCUGCACAGCCAGCUGAGCCAAGGCCAAGCCGCAGCGACCCGACUGGAGCCGCUGCGCAUCAUUGACGUGGGUGCGGGUAUCGGCUCGCUACUUUUUCGCUUACUGGCAAGUUGGGAGCACGCGGAAGCGCUUGAACAAGUACGAACGUACCGUCGAGGGGUGGAAUACUGGGCAGUCGACCUCAAGUCGCAGCUCCUGCGUGCACUGCUCCAGCGUCUGCAGAGCGUCGCAGCCAGCAAUGAGAAUCCCUGGCAAUUGGAGCGCUAUCAUUUAGAAACGAACGUGGUGGACCACUCAAAUGACGACGAGUUGCACCAGUGCCUAUCUGGUUUUGACCUCCACCGUGCCGCUGAUCGCGAUCAGCGACCGGCCUGCUCGCAAGCGAUCCGAGCAGCUGCCACAGGUCAGGCGACUCGCGCAGAAAGCCCAGCGCCUGUAAUGGACAUGAAGACGCCCCUGGAACCAGGUCCAAAAACUCAACAAACAGUUGUUGUCGUUGGUGGUGGUGGUGGUGGUGGUGCUCAGAAAGCCACAGCUACUGCGGCCUCACUGGAGCAUACGCGCCAGCAUCGAGCCGGUGAAACUACUGGCGACGACACUAGGCACGUCGCCGAGCCACAAAUCGGCCCUGGUGCGGCUUCAGUAGAAACAAGACGUUUUGAAGAUAGCGACAUGCCCGCCGGAACUCCAACAACGGAUCCGCAAACGCAUCAUGCGUCGUGCCUGGGGUCAGCGAAGCUGGUACUGAAGGCAUCAUCGACUGGUUUCUACCUCAACGUACACUGCUAUCAAGGCGAUGCAGAAACUUUCUGUACGCAGCAUCCCGGCACUGCAGAGGUGCUGUGGGCGUCAUCUUUUUUCGAUCUGCUGCUGAACGAGGCCGCCGCUGGGAGCGCAUCGAACCUGGCGUAUGCGCGUUUGCGCGCCGCAAUGCCCCGAUUGCUGGCGACACUCAAACCCUAUGGCGUAUUUUAUUUCCCUUUACAUUACGACGGCAUGACUUACUGGCUACCUAAUUUUGAUCCAUCAAGCGCAGCGUAUGAAGCAGAGCAGCAGGUGCUGGCAGCCUUUCAUCGCUCGCUGAACCCCGAUUGCACCGGCUUUUGUGGCCAAGCGCUCCUGGAUGUUAUACAAGACGCAGCGAUACCUGCGCCUGCAGCAUGUGAUUGUACCUUUGGAUACGUCACAGCGGGAGAAGUUUCUGCAGACGAACCGGCAUUAUCGAGUGCUGGCGUAUCUCCCCAGCGUGUGCCACGAAGCACACAGCAAACCUUGGCGUCCGACUCGCUCUGCGCAAUUCGUUCGGGGGCGUACGUACAGACGGCUGCUGGACAGCGCCUGGCCGGACCGCACGCGGCGAUGCGACCCAUGGUUACGGGCUUGGCACCCAGCACAUGGUGUGUCCAGCCGUUUGCUGGGCUCGGCGUCUAUUUGCCAUCCACUGAUGCCUAUUUUCUCGAAUGUAUACUUAAGCUCAUCGGUGGAGCUGCCUGGUCAAGCGCUUGCACCGCGUCAGAGAGGGCACGCAUUGAGCGCUGGUACCAACAGCGACGCGAGCAGUUGCAGCAACGGCUGCUGACCUAUGUUGCCCACAAUAUCGAUCUGCUAGGAAUCGUCAUUCCAGCGAGAAUCCAGACUCGAGCGGUUGCCCGUGGCCCGGUCUUGCACUCGCCGACGGUUUGCGAUUCGAGUAUGGCGCCCGUACUGAUGGGGAUGACCGCGCGGGCCCGAGUGCCCGCCUUUGCCAAAAGUAUAGAGCCAGUUGGCGUUUUCUCGUACGGAACGCUGCAAUCGCCCCGCGUACUACAAACCAUUUUGGGACGCAUUCCCCGAUCGGUUGCCGCUGUGCUCAACGGGUAUCGCGUCCACGGGGUGCGAGAUGAAUCAUACCCAGCAGUGGCGAAAUCAGCACCGGAAAAUGCGCCGCACGAGGCCGUACCUGGCGUAUUGCUUCUCGAGCUUACUGCAGCCGAUCACGCGCUGCUGGACGCCUACGAAGGCCCACAGUACCAAAAACUGGUGGAAGAGGUCCAGAUUCUGCCCCUGGGCAUGAGACUCAGAGCUUUCGUGUACGUUUGGAAAUCUUCCACUGAUAAUCUCGUUGCCUUACCGAACCAACACUGGGAUUUGGAUGCCUGGACGCGAACACAUGAACAGAGUUUUUGCCAGGAAUGCUCAGAAUGGAUCCGUACAUUCAAGUCGGCAAAUGCGGCUGAGUGA